UUAAUUAUGCCAUUCGUAUGUGCGUUGCGUUUUGUUGUUGCUGAGAAACCAAAAAAAAAAAAAAAUUGCAGUACUGCCGAAAAUAGCAAGGCAUUUUUGAGACCACUAACUUUCAUUUUUAUGCGAUCCGAAAUUUCUGCGUGAUGUUUGCUCAGUUUAUUAGCAGCAAUUUGGGCAGUUAGCGUGUAAAUGAAUUUACAGCAGUAAAAAAUGCCGAAAGAAGUCAGAAAUCAAUCAGGGCCUAAAUGAGACAAGGCCAAACUGUAAAGGAAAAACAAAUUUUCUGCGGCUCCACAUAAAUGCUGACUGCUGCUGCUGGUCAUGAUGUCUUGGCCAAAACAAUGGGGCUUCGCUAGCCUCUGGCUGCCCGUGCUGAUCGGCCUGCUCCACACACAAAAUGCAUCAGCUUUCAUUGUGCCCCAGGAACUGCCCUCCAUCUUAUCCAUAGUUUACUCCAAUAUACCACCGAUUAAAAAGGGAACUGAUUCCCGUUUGGGCUUUGGUUUUCGCCUGGGCGAGCAUGCGGACUUUCAGGUGAUGGUGGAACUGGGUCCCCAGAAGGAGACCCGUCCUAUCGGUGAGCCCAAGCAGGAUGAUCAAUCGUUCAACAAGCGCCAGGUGAGUCAGAGCGAUCAGAAGGCUCUGGCCCGUCAACUUUACCGCCAGCAGGUGAUGGAGGAGGCGGAGAGAUUGAUGACCUCCACGGAGAGGAAUGGGGCCAGCUGGCUGGAGACCUGGUCGAAUGGCAUGAAACCGCAGAAGCCCAAAACGAGGGAACAGCUCAAAAGACCGGCAAAAGAAAGUGCGCCAGGCAAUUAUCAGAAUGCACAGGCAGCAGAUCCCUCCAAUGCCAUAAAGCAGCUGCAGUUGCUCUACAAAAUGGCCACCAGUUCCAGCACCACAUCCACCACAACAGUGCCUCCUGCCUUCGCAGGAGGAUCCCUCAAAUUGGGUGGUCCAAGUGGCUUUAGGCUGCCUCCACCUGCUCUCAGCCAGGACACCAACACGCUGAGCAAUCCUGAUCCGCUCAAGAGCAAGAGUGAGAUCACCAAGGAGCUAAUGGAUGUCAGUCUGGAGACGGACACUUAGGUUGUGCGCUUAUCUAGUUACUAAUUAACCUCUGUAUACAAAUACUAGUGUAUUUGGGUGCUUAGCAAAUCUGUGUGUAGUAUGGCUUAGCUAUCUUUUGUAAAUAAAAUUAAAACUAAACUUAAGUUAGCGAAUCGUUUUAUUGGCCAGCCUGCAAGUAGGCAAUAAAAAGUAAAUAAAAGUUUAUUCAAAUCGAGCUCAUGUAAAAAUCAUGUAUAAAGGUAAACUACAUUUUAAAUUGCUUAAAUAUAUUAAUAACUGCUUGUAUAUUAAACGUUAAAAGUUUCUGGAGGCAUUUGUAUUUUUUUACUGUAUAUAAAGAUUUUGGGUAUGUAGCGCACUGCUAUAUUCCCCAUUAAAACACCAA